AUGACUCUGGAGAAUUAUUUGAUAGAUGAAGAUGGGGCUGGAGACCAUUUUCCAGUGGGUAUGCGUGUUUUGCUUGUUGACGAUGAUCAACUUUGUCUCGAAGUGUUAGGGAACAUGCUUCGCAAAUGCCAGUAUCAAGUUACUACAACUAUUCAGUCAAUUGAGGCAUUAGAUAUGUUGAGGACAAAUAGAAAUAUGUUUGACCUCGUUAUUACCGACGUAAAUAUGCCACACAUGGAUGGACUUAAGCUACUAGAGAUAGUGGGACAUGAAAUGGACAUACCUGUCAUAAUGUUGUCAGAAUUGAGUGAUAUAGAGGUCGUGAAGAAAAGUGUUAUACUUGGCGCAUGUGACUAUAUAAUUAAACCUCCUCGAAUCCAAGUACUGCAGAAUAUAUGGCAACAUGUAGCGCGAAGAAAGAUUGAUUGCAAAGGUCAAAAUACGCACUUCAAUGAGGAGAAAGCAUGCAAUAUAGCGGGGGAAGGUAGUCAAAGUAUCACAUUAGAAAGUAAUGCUGACCAUAAUCAAAUGCAUGGUAAGAAAAGGAAGGAACCGUGUGUGGAAGAAGAAAAUGGUGAAAUGAAUGCAAAAGAGAAUGAGGAACCUUCAAAUCAAAAGAAGCCUCGUUUAAAAUGGAAUGAUGACUUGCAAACAAAAUUUCUUGCUGCAGUCAAUUCACUGGGCAUUGAUAGUGAGUUUACAUGAUAAUGAAAUUUAAUUUUCCUUUUCUGUUUGACAUGUGAAAAUUGAACUUAUAAUGUGAACUUGAUACCUCAACAUGGAUAUUGACAUUUCUAAUAUGAUCUUUCUUCAACUGUUAUUGUAGAGGCAGUUCCUAAGAAAAUACUUCACUUGAUGAAUGUUGAAGGUCUUACAAGAGAAAAUGUAGCAAGCCAUCUACAGGUAUGAAUUUUAAAUUCCUU